AUGAGGAUCACUCCCUCCAAAACCUGGCAACAUCAUAUGACACUAGACUCUGAAGGGAAGCCUGUGGCUGUCGAGUAUUACUCUGAUGACUGGUCUACUCAUGCUGCCAAGUUGAGUUUUGAGAAACUUGUCUUCUCCAAGACCUCUAACACCAAUGCUCGCACUGAAGCUGAAAUCACACUGCUGGACAUCGUCUAUAAGUUUGCUCAGGAUCUUCACUUCUUUGUUACUGGAGGCGAAAAUGAGAACUACCUCGUCUUGUCUUCUGUUCUUCAAGGCUUUUUCGAUGCUGUUGCACUUCUUCUAAGGGUGGUUCUUGAAACGGAUCCUAACGUCAUUGCGGGGAAAGUAGCAAUGCAGAGCACAGAAGCUAGUGGUUCACUCACUGAACAGACAUUAACUCAAGCAUUGGCAACAGCUCGGGAACAUCUUGCAAGAAGUCUGCUUACAUGAGUUUUUUUACUCAUAUGCGCAUGGCCAAACAUGAUAGAGUGGAAGAGCAACUUUUAUGGGAUUUUGUCUCCCGAUUUUAUAACGUGUGAAAGGCUUCUAAUAAUUUAAAGCACUUAGCUUUACUCUUAAACUUUUGCAAUGCUGGAAUUUGAAGACUGGAUAUUGCAGAAUAUGGUUAUUUCUAAUGUUUGCC